GAUCCCUUGGGAGGCAGCCACCAGGAGGGAAGCCACAAAGCCGCCUCGGCCCUUUGCUGGGCUUGCAAGGGUGGCAGAAGGCAGGCCGCCUUCUUGCUCGCUGCUGCCUCUGCCGCUGCCCCUCCAGGACGGCUUGACCCCUUGCCGGCCACCCCCCCCGGCCCCCAUGGCCUGGUGCAAGAGGCUCUGGGCCCCGGUGCCCAAGGCCCUGGCUGGGCUGCUGCUGCUCUGGCGAGUGAUGUGGGUUGCCUUGACCUGCUACAAGGUUUGCUGGGAAGCGGCCUUCCAUCUUCUGGAGGAGGCUUGCUUCUCCCUGACCUUGUGGCUGGAAGGCGGAGAUGAGGCUUCCCAGGGGAACGGCCCCUCCUCUCCACACCUGCGGCCCUCGGAUCCCCUUUGGCCCAAACAGGCAGGUACCGAGGAGCUGGAGGAGAAGGUGCAGGCUGUGCAGGAACCCAGCGGUGCCGUGCUGGGGCGGCUGGCAGCCCUGGAGGCUGGAGUGCAGUAUCUCAGCCAGGAGCUGCGGGCUGAGAAGCUCCUCUGGAGCAGCCGCUACCUGGAUCUGCUGAGGGAGCAGCAGGACUUGCUUGUGCAGGUACAGAGACGGGACGCCCUGUGGCUGAAGGAUGUGGAAGGGCAGAGUGCAACUGGAGGGGCAGACGGGAACUGGCCAGAGGAGCCAGCCGGCAGCAGUAUACAGCGCUGCCGUCCUGGCCUUCCAGACUGGAGACGGAGGCUGCAUGCAAGAGCGACUCAGUCCAAGCCACACCAAGCGUCCUGGCAUGGAGGAGGUGAAGCAGGGACUGCAACCCUGGGCUGAAUCCAGAACCAGCGGCUUUCCCAUCAGGUGGACAAGAGCAUUCUGGGGACUUGACUGCAUGACUUUAGAGCGCAUCUAAGGAGCCCCGAGAGUAGAUGACUUCAUGCCAGAGACAAACUGGAUCUGGCACAGAGUCCUCGGAGUGCAAUGCCAAGCUGGCUUCCAGAGUGGACGCUUUCCAAAUACCAGAUGCUUGAGCAAAACCGUCUCCACAGCGAAGAAAGGGACAUGGCGCCAACCUGAGAGGGACAUCUGGGGCCGGGCUCUGGCACGAGACUCACGCUGACCGCCCAGCAGUAACUGGCACCCAGAGCCGGUCAAGAGGGGCUGGGCCUGAGAGGCAGGCCCAGAACAGGAGGGCAUGCCCCCCUCCCCUGCCCGAGAGGAACCUUUCCCGAGCCGCAAGGCGCCUUCCAAGCUUCCUUGUGGGGACAAAGCUGCGAAGACCUCUGGAAGUGGACAGGUGGAGGCAAGCCGGGACAGAGAGCCCCGCCUGUGGGUGCUGCUCCCUGGACCCAGCCCCCUUGCCCCCACCCCAGCUCCUGUGACUCCUUGAGGGAGAGUCCUGCCACUAGGUGGCACCAUCCGCAUUCCCUUUGGCCAAGCAGGCCCUUGCCUCUGUGCCUUGAGCCCAGCAGCCUUUGGAGGGAGACUGCAGAGUCCUGCACAAGCUGGCAUCAGUGCCUGGCGGCAAAUCUGCAUUCAGAACGUGAUGCCCAAAGCUUGCAGCCAGUUGGAUUCCCCCCCCCCCUUUUCAUUGUCCAGGAGUUACAUUUUCUGAAAUCAGCUGGGUAGUUGAUGUCCUGGGGGGGAUGAAAUAAUACUUGGCCUCUGGCAGGAGCAGCCCAUCCUAAGGAGCAGGGGGCAAAGGAGGCUCAGCUGCCUCUCCUUCCCGGAGCUCCAUUUGCCCCUCUCUCUCCCUUUCUGCCCCACCCCAUUCUUAGGGAGAGCUGUGCUGCCUACAGGCUGGCCAUUCGUCAGGUAGAGCUGUGCGGUUAACCAGCCAGGGACUGGAGUUGACUAUUUCCCUAACUGUAGUACUUAAGUGUGUGUGUGUGUGUGUGUGUACGUGUACGUGUACACACACUUAAAAUGUUACAGUUAUGAGAUGGGCAACUCCCAUCAACUAGCUUACAUCCAGACUAAUUUGGGGUGACUCCAAUGUUCAAUAUUUGGGUGCUGGGUGAAUUGGGGCUGGCUUCAGUCUGGUGCAGCUCAAGAGUUCACAGUGGCCAUGACAACUAUGGGCCUAUCCUAACUGGUCACAGGGCCAACACACACACUGCUGGUGACACUCUCGAUUUGGUCUUUUGCUCAGAUCAGGGUGGUGUUCCACGGGUGGAGACUCCAAGACUGUCUCCAUUGUCAUGGAUGGACCACCAUCUCGUUAAGGUUGGUUUAUUGGCCACAGCCCACCUCUUCAGUGGUGCAGGACCUAUUAGGAUGGUCCACACAAGAAGGCUAUUGGUUCCAACUCUAGGAUGAGGAAAUCCUUGUAAUUACUCAGCUGGGCUCCAUAUAGUAGUUGGGCUAAUUUUCCCCCUUUGAAAUCCUGAAUUGCAGUGUGGACGUAACCACCUGCACGGGGGUGGAGGGGUGGGGAAUCUAAUGAGCAACAUUGCACUCUUUUGUGCCUCUUGCGUAACAUGGAGCGGAUGUGCUCUCCAGUAACCAUUAAAUUGGAAAACCACACCCAAAUACUUACAGAGCUUGACUUGUUCUAUGUCUUAGCCAUCAAUUUAUCACUUAUGUUGCACAAAUUUCUUCUGACCUUGGUCUUCGGAUAGUUAAUUUCUAGUUCUUCCUCUUGGCAGUAUGUAGCUCUCUGCAGGUCUUUCUCUGUAAAGGAGAGAAUUGCUGCAUCAUUUGCAUACACAGCAUUGCUGGAACUGGUUGAUGGCCUAAUUUCAGAGGAUGGAAA